AUGGCCAAGAAUGAGGAGGAAACAGCGUCCUCCUUGACGAACACGACCAGUCCAGUGUUUGAUUGUUCACAUGCACCAGGCUUUAUUUGGGACGUACAUGACACUACUUUUCCUUGGACUUUUGCUGUUGUCGCAUCCAUUUUCUCUCCAACAGCCAUUCUUUUGAACGUACUAGUAAUUCUGACAGCAAGGAAGCGGAGAGAACUAAUGAGACAUACCAAUAUCUUGCUAUCAAGUAUGGCCGUGGCGGACCUUGUAGGAGGAGGUUUCUGUAUACCACUAUCAGCCAUAGUUGGCCUGUUACUUCCCCAUCAAAUACUGGCUGAGCGGCAUUUUUGCUUGAUCGACUUAGUAACUUUUUCUUUUACUUCUAUUCUGUUCACGUGUUCGCUUUUGCAUUUGACAAUGAUCGCAUGGGAAAGGUACAUUGCCAUUCGAAAAUGGAUUGACUACAAGGUGAUAGUCACUAAACGCCGCGCGAAAACGUUGGCGAUAACAGCUUGGGUAUCAGCCAUAGUGGGUGCAUCUCCAGACUUCAUCAUACAGGAAGUGGUUCGUGGCGAUAGGCAGGUUUUAGCUGUAGAGAUAUUAACCAUCGUUUUAUCUAGUGUCCUCGUUUUUAUGCUAGCGCUCAUUGUAUAUUUUUAUGUCAUGAUGUACCUUGGAGUUCGCAAACGUAAAUUAAGUCAAAUUCACCAAGUACGCAGCGUGUUGGUGAAUGCGACACUAGAAAAAAAAGUUGCCAUGACGACCGCAUUGGUUACGGUCACGACUAUUCUUUCCUUCCUCCCAAUUACUGUUGUCUCUGUCUUGGGAGGAUUUUUUCCCGUCUUUCGUGAAUUUGUAGCAGUUCAAGUAGCUGAGGCACUACUGUACCUAAAUUCUGUAGCUAAUCCACUAAUUUACUGCUGUAGAGACCGCCAUUUUAGGAUUGCCGCGCUCAAAAUUUUGAGGGUCAGAAAACCAAAGGUAAUACACUUUCCUAUAGAUGAUGCAGUGCGAUUCGUCACACGGGGAAGAGAUGUAUUUGGUCCAGGAAAAGCCGUCGUACAGAUCCGAAAAGUCGAAAACGCUGUUGGUUCUACAUCUUGCGAUUUGGCCAUGUAG